AUGAACAGAUUUGAAGAAGCUUUGGAUAAUGAUGAUUCAGCAAUAUAAAAAUAUCCGGAAGAUUCAAAGUAUUAUUCUAAUAAAGGUAUAAUUCAAAAUGGAUGAUAUUUUAGCUACUACAUUAGAUAAAAUGAACAGAUUUGAAGAAGCUUUGGAAAAUUAUGAUUCAGCAAUUUAGAAAAAAUCAGAAAAUUCUGACUUUUAUUAUGGCAAAGGUACAAUUAUCUAUUGACGAUUUCAUAUCUAUUACAUUAUAUAAAAUGAAUAGAUUUGAGGAAGCUUUGGAAAUUUAUGAUUCAGCAAUUUAGAAAAACCCAGAAAAUUCUGACUUUUAUUAUGGCAAAGGUACAAUUAACUAUUGACGAUUUCGUAGCUAUUACAUCAUUUUAUCAUUUGUAUUAAAUACUCUUUGAGAAAAUGAAUAGAUUUGAAGAUGCUUUCGAAAAUUAUGACUUAGGAAUUUAGUUAAGUUUAGAUUAAAAUGUUAAAGGUAUAAUAAUAUCUUUAUCAGUUUAUAGCUCACACAUUACUUAAAACGCCUACAACUCCAGAAACUAUCGAAAAUAAAUUCAAUUAGUUAUGCACUUUACAAUGA